AGUUAUUCGAAAUAGUCAGUGUUGUUUUUUUCUGUGUUGGCUGCAAUUGCUACAAUUUCUGUGAUAAAUUUAACCAUAAAUUCAAGCUCUCCCCGUGGAUACCAAAGGAAAACGAACUCCCCAACUUCAAUGGCAAUGGCGUUGGCAAACAGCGGUGCGGUCAACAAACAGUAUACGGCCAACGAUCUGGAGGCUUUUAUGAAGAUAGCCGCCAACUGGCAGAAUUCCAAUCACAACUUGCUGGAGGGCGUCGACUUGAAGACGGAAAUGACACAGUACAUGAACAGUCCCUCGAUGAACAUGUACAAGAAACGUGAGCGCACUCAGAACUGGAAUCAUCAGGAGAAGAAAUAUCUGCUGGACUUGUGUCGCAAGGAUAUGCGGAUUAUCGAAAACAAGAGAUUAGAUGCCGGCCUAACGGCUGUAAAGAAUAAAGCCUGGAAGAUAAUACACCAGAAGUUCUCCAAUCAAUUUGGCACAGAUCGCACCUGUAAUCGCCUCAAGGAACAGUGGCGACGCAUGAAGGCUUGCACCCGUAAUGAGAUCUUGGACUAUAAUAAUCGCUUGGCUAGAUUCGGUGCCGAGGUGGCCGAUCGCAAGAAGCCUUCACCGUUUACCUUUGAGGUCUGGGACUUUAUGCAGGAGGCCAAGAAGGCCUGCAAAUCGGAGGCACUAGAUGGCAUCGACUACUCAAAGAUACCCUUGGCCCUGGAGGAGGGAUUUGAGUAUCGCGAGGACUACAAAUUCAAUGCCGACGAACAUGACAUGGAUGACAGUCGUACACCGCCCCAGGAGUUGUGCGAUGUGGAUAUCAAGGAGGAGGAGACCAAUGAGACCUUCAACGAGACCUACAACAAUCAUCAUCUCAAUCAGAGCGACAUCCAUGGCAGUGGCGAGCGUUUGAGUGUCUCGCCAAAUCACAGCAUCAGUCGCAAUGGCAUCCACGAGGCCGAGAGUCCAGCCACCAUGUCUGCAGCAGCUGCCUUGGACACCAGCGGGGCCUUUCUGCCCGGUGGUAGCGGUGACAUGUCCGGCUUCCAGGCCAACUUCAAUAUGAACAACAUAUCCGCCACGCUGGAGGCUUUGAAUGCCCUGCGAACUGGCCAGUUUCCCAGUGCGGCAGCUGCAGCAGCGGCAGCCAUACACCACCAGCAUCAGGCACAGGCUCAAGUGGCGCAGGCCCUGCAGCACCAGCACAGCAGCAGCAACAAUAACAACAAUAAUAAUAAUAACGAGGAUGAUGAUGAUGUGAUGAAGCCACUGGCCAAGAGGCAGCGCACAAACAGUGGCAGUGUGCUGGGCAGCGAGGAUCAGGCGAUAUCAGUGCCCGUCUCGUCGGAGUGUCAGGCCCUGGAGCGUUCGGGCAGCAGCAGCAGCAAUGGAGGAGCUGCAGCCCUUGCGGGAGUAGUCACAGCCAAUGGCGGCGGCAACAACAGCAGCAGCACCAGCAGCGGCGACAACUUUGAGCUGCGCCUGUUCAUGGAGAUGCAGAGCAAGGAGCACAUGAUGCGCAUGAAGAUACUGGAGGUGCAGUUGCAGGCGGCCAAGCACAGUCGCGAUUUGGUGGAGAUCAACAAGACGCUGGCGCUGCAGAAGCUGCAGGAGCUGGCCAGCAAGCGGUUGCCCAGUUAGGACAGACAGAUGAGCAGCAGCAGGAGCAGGAGCCACAGCAUCGGAGGGAGCAGCCACAGCAGCCCAUUGCCGUUUCAUGUUACAUUAGUUUAUAGGAUUUGAGAGAGCCACCACAGCAGAGAGCGGCGGCUAGAGUUAGCCUUAGGUAUUAGACUUAAGUUGAAAACAGGAUCCAUGGCUACACACACACACACACACACAGAGAGAGACACAAGCAACAUUCCUGGCAUUGUUGAUCAGUAUUUGAAAGCUAGAAGCGAAUCCCCCGACACAUAUACACCCAGAAGCGAGGAUCACGAGGCGCUCGGAAGUAUGCCAUAAUCUUAUGAUGAAUCGCCUACCUCACUCAGUACCCACAGCACGCACGCACACUCACUCGGCUAGCUAGCAGACUCACACAACAGACACACACUCUCCUCUGGCCCCCGACACUUGACCAAGUCAAGGGUCAAGUUUAGUUAGUUUCUAGUUUAUAGUCCACACUCUCUCCAAGUUGCUCAACUACCACAAAUGUAUUGUACUUACGUUCUUGACAUCAGUUAACGUUCUGCUAUCCACCACUAACGAUCGAAACAUAUAUUAAUCAUUUUUGUAGCCCUAAGAGAAACAGAGAACUCUAUAUAAUAUAUAUAUAUAUUUGAUUUUGAUUUUUACUCCUACUUGUAG